AUGAUUUUCGUGUCUGUGGCCUCAUCCACGGAUUCAGCCUGCCGUUUGCGGAGAAGUUUCCACCUUAAUGAAAUGCACGAGCCAGGUGACGUGGUCCUGGGUGGGCUGUUUGAGGUACACUACACUUCUCUUUUCCCCGACAUCACAUACACCUCGGAGCCAGAACAACCGAGCUGUGAAGGUUUUGACACUCUAGGUUUUAGGGAUGCCAUGACCAUGGUCUUUGCUAUUGAGGAGAUAAACAAGAACCCCAGUUUGCUGCCAAACCUGACCCUGGGAUACAACCUGUAUGAUAACUGCGGGGCGCUUGUUAUUGGCUUCAGCGGUGCCUUAUCUCUGGCUAGUGGCCAGGAAGAGGGGAUUUCACCUCAGGAGAACUGUUCAGGGAAUCCUCCAAUUCUAGCCAUCGUCGGUGAUUCCUAUUCAACAUUUUCAAUAGCGAUUGCCAAUGUGCUCGGUUUGUUCAAAAUACCAAUUGUGAGUUAUUUUGCCACAUGUUCAUGCCUGAGUGAUCGUCAGCAGUUUCCGUCCUUCUUCAGAACAAUCCCAAGUGAUGCUUUCCAGGUGAACGCCGUGAUUCAUAUUCUGAAACACUUCGGCUGGACGUGGGUUGGCCUGCUGGUUACCGACGAUGAUUACGGUUUCUAUGUGGCCCAGGCUUUUCAGUCGAGCCUCUCACAGCAGGGUGGCGCUUGUCUGGCGUAUGUGGAGGUUUUGCCCUGGGAUAGCAAACCUGUUGAACUUAAGAGAAUUGUAAAUUUGAUCAAGACAUCAACGGCUCGUGUUGUCAUCGUGUUUGCUCAUGAGAUUCACACGUUUAGGCUGAUGGAAGAGGUAGCAGAACAAAAUGUCACCGGCCGACAAUGGAUAGCAAGUGAAGCGUGGGCGUCAGCAGCUGUACUCCAGAUUCCCCGCUUCAUUCCUUUCCUUGGCGGCACUCUGGGCAUCGCUAUUCGUCGAGGGGAAAUACCAGGCCUCAGAGACUUUCUACUACAAACCCAUCCUGAUAAAAACAACAACUACGAAACUAAUCUGGUGAGACAGUUCUGGGAACACACGUUUCAGUGUAAAUUUGAUCCAGCCGAAGGGGAAGAAGAUGUGAAAGCGCUGUGCACCGGUGAUGAAGAUCUUGAUCAGGUUGAGACUGAGCUUUUGGACGUGUCCAACCUCAGACCUGAGUAUAACGUUUACAAAGCGGUGUAUGCUCUGGCUCAUGCUCUUGAUGAGAUGCUGCGGUGUGAGCCAGGCAAGGGACCCUUUGUUGAUCGGACCUGCGCGACUCUGCAAAGUCUAGAGCCGUGGCAGCUUUUGCACUAUUUACAGAAAGUCAAUUUCACCACACCGUUUGGUGAUCAAGUGUCGUUUGAUGAAAAUGGCGACGCUUUGCCUAUAUAUGAUGUCAUGAACUGGCAGAUAGCAUUUAAAUUAAGUAUCGGUGUGUGCUAAUGAGGAGUGACAGAUUAAAUCUCCUACCUCCAGCCACCCCAGUCAGCCUGUAGUGAAAACUGUCCUCCAGGUACACGGAUGGCAAGAAAAAAGGGUCAGCCUGUUUGCUGUUUUGACUGCAUUCUCUGUUCUGAUGGAAAGAUCAGCAAUGAAUCUAAUGCCAGGGAGUGCAUUAGUUGUCCAGAGGAUUUCUGGUCCAGCCCCCAGCGAGAUCACUGUCUCCCUAAAGAAACAGAGUUCCUCUCCUACUAUGAACCGCUUGGGAUUUGUUUGACAACUACUUCACUACUGGGAACAUUCAUCUGCGCUGUCGUUCUGGGGAUCUUCAUCUAUCACCGCAGUACACCSAUAGUACGAGCCAACAACUCAGAGCUGAGUUUCCUGCUCCUGGUGUCGCUCAAGCUGUGCUUCCUGUGUUCUCUGCUGUUCAUCGGACGACCCAGACUGUGGACAUGUCAGCUGAGACAYGCAGCGUUUGGGAUCAGCUUUGUGCUCUGUGUGUCCUGCAUCCUGGUUAAAACCAUGGUGGUUCUGGCUGUGUUCAAAGCCUCCAAGCCAGGWGGGGGAGCCAGUCUCAAGUGGUUCGGUCCAAUACAGCAGAGAGGAACCGUCUUCGCUCUCACUUGCAUCCAAGCAGCGGUCUGCACUGUUUGGAUCAUCUCUGCUUCACCGAUGCCACAUAAAAACACGCAGUACCACAAUGACAAAAUAGUUUAUGAGUGUGAAGUUGGUUCAACCUUUGGAUUUGCCGUUCUACUUAGCUACAUUGGCUUACUAGCUUUCAUUAGCUUGAUGUUAGCGUUUUUGGCACGAAAUCUUCCGGACAACUUUAAUGAAGCCAAACUCAUCACUUUCAGCAUGCUUAUCUUCUGCGCUGUGUGGGUGGCCUUUGUUCCUGCCUACAUCAACUCUCCUGGUAAAUACGCAGAUGCAGUGGAGGUGUUCGCCAUCUUGGCCUCCAGUUUUGGCCUUUUGGUGGCGCUGUUUGGACCUAAAUGUUAUGUAAUCCUGCUCAAACCGGAGAGAAAUACAAAAACCGCUAUAAUGGGCAGAGGAACCACCAGAUCUUAACGUGUCUUGUCUUGUUCAUGCAAAACAAUGUGGAAUUUUUUAUUACGGACUUUGUGAUAUUUAGUA